GACGCGCUAAUAGUUUUGGGAACUUAUUUCGGCGCAUAUAGUUAAGAAAUUAUAUUUGCGCACAGAAAAAUCAAACUCACGUUUACCCUUGUUCUACGCUGUUGUAUUAAUUCGGGUACAUAAUUCCUCAUUCCAUUAUUACUUCGUCAUUUCACUGCGCUGUAUGUAGGAUUUUUAUUUCGCGUCAUCUCCAUCUUGUAGCUCAAAAUCCGUGUCGAUAGGCCAGACUUCAACCCUGCAAGCGAAGAAAAUGUUUACUUUAGCGUGCACGCUUUGCUUGGUUGGGGUGUCGUGUUACAAAACGGCGUAAACUAAAACUUGCUUGCUGCAGUUAAGCGUUAUGUUUUGACGAUCAUUCUUGUGAAAUUGUGCAGUUUUAGUGUCAUUACAUCAAGACUAUCGAACUGUACAGAAAGUGAAGUUCUGUGCCAACUUUUGGUGUGCUCGUUUAAAUAACAUAUCCCCAUUGUCUAUGUUAAGUAGAAGCUUAAUAUGUGUUAACACGAGUUUGCUUUCCAAAGAAAAGUGCCAAAGGUCUUGAUUUGAUGCACUGGGUGACAACGCAGUUGAACAUCUCAGAGAAAGAGUAUUUUGGUCUUCUGUGGGAAGAUAAAAAUGGAGAAAAGUUCUGGCUUGAUCCCCAGAAGAAAAUUACAACUCAGCUGAAAGGUGUCCAACCUAACUUUGGAUUUGCUGUGAAGUUCUAUGAGCCUGUGCCAUCACAAAUUAAAACUGACUUUACCAGGUAUUUGAUGUGUAUGCAGUUGAGAGAUGACAUAAACUCGGGAAGAUUACCAUGUUCAUUUAGCAACCAAGCGGUACUUGGAUCGUACAUUGUACAGGGUGAUGUUGGCGAUUUUGAACCUCGUGAGCAUGGGACUGAUUACUUGGAUGGAAUGGUGUUUGCACCAAACCAGACACAAGAACUGUUGGACAAAAUCAGGGAACUACAUAAACAACACAGGGGUCUCAGCCCAGAAGAGGCUGACCUACAGUACCUAAAGAUUGCAGCAUCUAAACUUGUCAUGUUUGGUGUUGAUGCCCAUCCUGCAAGGGAAGAAGAUGGUACUGAAAUACUUAUUGGUGUGUCACAUGAUGGCGUGGCCAGUUACAAAGACAGGCUGGUGGUGAAAAGGAUCCCAUGGUCAAAGAUUGAUUAUAUCAAGUACAGAAAAAGGAACUUCAUUGUGAAAAGCCACCCAGGAGAGCUGGACACUUUGACAACAACAUCAAUUUACAAGAUGCCAAGUGAGAAGGCAGCUAAACGCUUGUAUAAAUCCUGCGUUGAACAUCAUACUUUCUUCAGGCUAACCUUUUCUGAUCCUCCACCGAGUCGCAGUACCUCACUUCUGAAGAUGGGGUCAAAGUUCCGUUACAGUGACCGCACCCUAUAUCAGCUUCACAAGGACGGUCACCCAAUUAAGGAUCAGCCCAAGUUUAGCCGCGUUUCAAGUUUGAACUGGUCCCGUCGUUACCAAAUGCCAUCUCUGUCUGAAACUAGGAUUUAUGUGGAUGAAAAGGAUGAUGACCGUAAAAAGAGGCCUCUCUCUGAAGGAGACAUGCCGUCAAAGAUGCCACUUUACAUUCGAAAGGGAGUACAGGCUCCAUUAAUGGAAGAGGAAUCAAUGGCUACCCUGACACCAGAAGAAAGAGAACAAUACCAGAGGGAAAUGAGAGAGAAAUUAGGAAAGGAAAGAGGAGAGGAUGGUCAAGAUAUCAUCAGAGCCACUGGCGCUGGAGAAGGUAGAAGUUUUUAUGCAUAUGGAACUGCAGAAAGACCUGAUCCACAAGCUACAGUCACUGCUGUUGAGGACGAAGCAAGAAGACGUGAGAAAGAGAGGAAAGAAGAGGCUGAACGUGAGAAGGAGCGGCUUGAGAGGGAAGCAGAGAGGGAGCGACUUGCCAAAGAAGCAGAAAGGGAGAGGAAGCUUCAAGAAUGGAUUGACAGUGAAAAGAGAAGAGUUGAGGAACAAGAGCCAGAAGUUGCAGGCAUGGCAUACAUUGCUCCUGGAGGAACUGCUGAGAGGGCAAAAUUCACCAUGGAAAAGACCAAAACUACCGAAGAGCCAGAGUUUGUUAGCAUGGGCGUUGCCACACCAACGUCUGGUUUUGAUACAAUUAAGAGAGCAGAGACGAGGGUCGCUGACACUGAUACCUACAAAGGACGAGUCCUGAAGAUGCCAGAGGACGAGAUGGGUACUGACGUUUCUAGGACAAACACAUGGGGAGGUGGAAGAAAGGAUAAUGUGUCAUACACCCGCACAUACACAAGCUCCACCUUACCUAAUCGUGGCGGGCGAAAAGGCUAUGAGAGCAACGUAACGUCCGAAGAGGACAGGAGACGUAGCGCGGAUGAUCUGCUGGAUAACAAUGAGAAAGACAGAGGUGGCCGACAAGGUAAAGUACCUCUUGUGAAUAGGGAUGAGCUGGUCAGGUACUAUUCACCUGGAUCUGCAACCAGUGACACUCUAAGAGCUGAGCCCGGCCAGAGUGAGAUCAAGAGGUCACUUAAAGAUGACCUCAACUUACAGCAUGAGCAGGGCGAGGGUGGCUUCGUCAGGGAGAACAUAAGGAGAAACGAAGGAAUCAUUGAACGACAAUCGGUGAGAAAUGACCUGGAGAAUGCACCGCCUGAGAUCACCACCAGAACCAUGAUCAUUGACAGUGAAAGAGAACCGACCGUGUAUCGGCAGAACAGGGCUCCUGAGGUGGAGACCCAUGUGUUGUCGUAUGGAGGAAGCCCAGGUGGAGAUGCAGCAUAUAAACAAGGUACCCCAUAUCGCUAUAAUGACUCUACACCGGCUAGUUCACCCGAGCCUUACUCACCUCAUGCAAGACAUUACAAUGUGCCCAGCGUCACCACACAGAGAGUUGUGUAUGACCAAAAUGGACCUCCCAUAAGUCCACCUUUGAGUGGAACCCAAGAUGGCGGCACAGUCAUCACCCGCACCAUCAUGAUGGGUGGUGGAGAACCCAGCAGGACCGAGACCAUCCGUCAGACCACCAUGCCGACAGAGAUUAUCCAGAAGACCAUCACUAUUGAAGGUGACGGCAAUCAGCUGACUGCCGAGGAAUUGAAGGACAUCAUUGCUAAACAUGCUGGAGAGAUUGGCAGCAGUGAAGUGGUGACCACUACGUACACAACCAAGGUACAAGAAGUGAAGCAAACUAAAACAAUAACCGAGACAAUGAGGGUUGUUGAUGAUGACGGAAACAUUAUCAAAACUGGUGACCCAGAAACUGAUGCAGCGAUUAUGGAGGCCAUCCAACGAGCCAAGGAAGAAAAUCCUAAUGCAAAGAUCACCGAGGUGGUUAUUACCAGGACAGAUGAAGAAAGCACAGCAUAAAGUAGUUAAGACGGACGGACCCUUCUUCAAUGCAGCUGGCCAAACCGAAAAAGUGGCGUCCCUAAAGAUUCACUAGCUAGAUAAAGCACUAUGCAAAGGAAACAUUGUAAAGGUUGCGGGUUUAGAAAAUGUGGUGUUGGAGUUGUUGGAGAUGCAGACAAGCAAAUAUUGUUUAAGCAAGUAACUAGUUAGAAAUGUUUAUUUUAAUCAUCACAUUCAAAGUAAGUUUAAAUGUUAAAUCGUUAAGAUGCUUCCUUUUUCGGAGCGAACAAACUUCAUGGGAAAGAAUAGCUUAGCACGCUUAGUGAAUUAUAAUAUUGUAAAUGUAUAAUUUAGAAUAGUUUGAAGUCGAUGAAUACUAGACAUAUGCCAUUUAACGAACGUACGUUGCAACUUAGUUUUUAAAUUAAAAGAAAACAAGUCGACGAACUUGUGAGGGUAUCGAAAAUUGUAAGUCAGCAGUUUGAAAUGAGGACGUGGACUGUCUUUGGUAGUUGGACAUCAAAGUACUACAGUAUCUAAAGUUCUCUACUAGAUCUUAAAACUAAACAGACCUAAUGAAAUGGAAGGCAAGGAGGGUUCUCUUUGAAGAUCUAACCUCGUUCACGUGAAUAAACCUCUGGCUGGCAAACUUCACUUUAUUAGGGGCUCCCCUUGGGAAUUUUGCUUGCAAAGCAACUGCUUAACCACUUGAAACAAGUCUCUCUUGUGGCCAAACGCUAUGUAAAAUUGUUAUCGACCUAUGAGAGGACAGGAUCUCUGAAUUGUUGUUCGCUUGGAUCUCUUCAUCUUUUUACCAGUAUCUAACUAGGGUCAAAGACCUACUUUUUUUCGUAUGCGUUUUCCCUGCUUUUAAGUGACAGUUUUUGACUAUCUGCAGUUCAAAAUGAAGCAUAAAUCACAUUUAGUCGAUGUCUUGGAAACUUCAGACUAUUUUCAGAUUUAACCCCAAUCCAUUGUCACGCCCGGUACUUGCGUUCCUCCUGACCAGCGGUCCCUAUCAGCUUAAACAACGUUUGAGCAUCAGGGCUCAGAGAAUAUCCUCAACUUACUUUAAGCGUGUUUCUGCUAGUUUCUGUGAUAAUUUCAGUAAAGUAACCUAAUAGGCCUUUUCGGAGUUGUCUUUUGCUUCAGUGUUGAAACGAGUCUUCGCGCGAAACCAUUCGUGUGAAAAUGAGUUCCGCCUACAGGUUCAUUUACAUGUAAACUCAUCUUCGUAUGAAAGGUUUUGUACGAGUACUCGUUUUAAAACAGAGGCACAAGGUAACUCGGAUAUGGCCUAUUGGUAAGUAAUUUUCUUGAACGAAGAAGUCAUUUGAUGUAUUGGGUCGAAUCACGUCUUUUUGUGGAACAUCCUAGUUUUUGAAUUGUCACCUUGUUGCUAAGGAGACGAAGUUUUUGCUAAGCCCAACUGGUUUUAGUUUGCCAACAUAUACGUUGGGUUUUAAUCAAAAUAGUGUUUUCAAUUUUAUCUUAAUUUUCCGACAUUCACGUCUCUCAGACCUGCAAAGCGUAUCUUAAUAGAAAAAGCGAUGAAAUAAGCGAUUUAAUGAGAAAGCGAUCAUAUUGUGUAGUGUAGUCCCUUCCAAAACUUGGGGAUCGUUGUUUGGUUAUGUUGAAAGGCAAUAAAGUUAUUAGAUCUUAAGUUA